GAAAGGUCACACAUAUUAAGUUGCUUUCGUCGUCACCAUGCCGCGCAUCACGCUGGAGCUGCUUCGGAAACGGUCCGAGCACAACGAAGGCAUGGUGUCUACGCUGGAGGAGAUUGCCCUCCAUCAAGAAGAGAUUGAAAAGAUCGAAGUGAUUGGAACGCUGUGUCGGAAGCUGCGCAUUUUGUACCUACAGAACAACAUCAUUGAAAAGAUCGAAGACUUGACGCACAUGAAGGACCUUCGGUACUUGAAUCUCGCGCUCAACAACAUCAAGAAGAUUGAAGGCUUGGGGUCGUGCGAAUUUCUCGAAAAGCUAGACCUCACCGUCAACUUUAUCGACGUCGACACGCUGGAAGAGUCCAUCCGUCAUCUGAAGCCUCGCGUGCACCUCAAGGAGCUGUACAUGCUGGGGAAUCCGGCACAAUCCGACUGGGAAAACUUCACCCACUAUGUCGUGGCGUCCCUGCCGCAACUCCAGCAGCUAGACGGCAAGGACAUAACAAAGAGCGACCGCAUCAAAGCCCUGCAAAAGCUGCCCGUUUUCAAAAAAGAGCUGGCGGCCCUCAUUCAGGCCAAACGCGUACGCGACACUGCAGACAUGGACGUGAUCCCUGUGGUUUCGGGCGCCGCCACCGACAUAUCCAAAGCCGGUGCCACCGACAACCAAGACGAAAAGCUACCCUACACCCCAGAAACUCGUCGCAACAUGUACAUGGAACUGGCCGAGCAAAAAGAAGAAGAAGAUGCGCGCAAACGGUCCAACAUGCCGAAGGAGCGCGAUUAUGCGCGGGAACACGCUGACGCGUUGGCCAAAGCCAGACAUGUCCAAGUCGAAGGCGGCGCCGCUGUACGUCAAUGCAACGAGGGCAAGUGGGCGUUUCACAUGGACGAAGAGUCCAAGCCCGGGUUUGUCUUGGUCGAAGUGGGCGUGCCCAAAUUUCUCGACUCGUCGCUCAUCCACGUCGACAUGCACCCAACGUACGUGUCGAUUCUAAUCAAGAACAAGUUGUUGCGGUUGCGGUUCCCCGACGAGGUCAAAUGCGACCAAGGCACGGCGUUGCGAUCCAAAACGACAGGGUCGUUGCAACUCACGGUGGAAAAAGUGGAUCCGGCGAGUAUCCAACGCGCUCGCCGCGCCCGCCAGCGACGCCAGGACGAGAAGGACGAAGACGCCAAGAGCAAUCAGGCCACGCAUGAUGCGGCGGCGGCGCGCCGUCCGGGGACCAUCCAGGACCAGAUGCUCAAAUCGGCCGCCGUGUCCGUGCGAGGCCUCGUGGCGCGACCUGGAGACGCGGCGCGUAUAGCCGAGAAACGUAUCGACGCAGUCUCGACCAAGAUAUUGCCACGUGGAGCUGCGGACACCCUUGACAACAACGAUGAAGAUGAACCGCCAAUGUUAUUUUGACCCGCCAUCAUGUAGUCGCAACGACCAAGUCACACUACAUACAUAGCAUACGUAGAAUGCAACCACGGAUUUGAUCUUGUGAUCCGAUAUUGUAAAGGAAAUGAACAAGUGACCAAGGUUGGUGGGUGGCA